ACCGGUUCUAGAAAACCAACCACGAGUCGUCGUCGUGUGGGAGAAUCCAUCUUGAAGAGAACGCUCUCCGGUUGUGUGACUAGAUUAGGAAUAAAAGUGGAAAAUGUCUGAAGCAGAGCAGCAGUAUAUGGAGACUUCCCAAAACGGACAUGAAAUUAACGACGAAAUGAAUGAUGAUUUAAACGGAGCCGGCCUGGAAGAGGAGGGGAACGACGCGGCAGAGAGCGCUGUGCUUGACGAGGACUCUCAGAACGGCGGCACAGAGGGAGGCCAGAUCGACGCCAGUAAAGGAGAGGAAGAUGCCGGGAAAAUGUUUGUUGGCGGUCUCAGCUGGGAUACAAGCAAGAAGGACCUCAAGGAUUACUUCUCCAAAUUUGGUGAGGUGACAGACUGCACCAUCAAGAUGGACCAGGGGACUGGUCGGUCCAGGGGUUUUGGCUUCAUUCUCUUCAAAGAUUCGUCAAGUGUGGAUAAGGUUCUUGAACAGAAAGAGCACAAGCUGGACGGCCGACAGAUCGACCCAAAGAGAGCAAUGGCCAUCAAAAAGGAGCCAGUCAAGAAAAUCUUUGUCGGAGGCCUUAAUCCUGAAACCUCAAAGGAAGUCAUUGAGGAGUAUUUUGGGACUUUUGGAGAGAUUGAGACCAUUGAGCUUCCCCAAGAUCCCAAGACUGAGAAGAGGAGAGGAUUCGUAUUCAUCACAUUUAAAGACGAAGAGGCAGCCAAGAAAGUCAGGGAGAAGAAAUUCCACAACGUUGGAGGAAGCAAGUGUGAAGUCAAGAUCGCCCAGCCUAAAGAGGUCUACCAGCAGCAGCAGUAUGGAGCUCGCGGUGGAUUCGGGGGACGCAACAGGGGACGGGGACAAGGCCAGAACUGGAAUCAAGGCUACAACUAUUGGAACCAAGGAUACAACCAGAACUAUGGCUAUGGACAGCAAGGCUAUGGAUAUGGCAACUAUGAUGCCAAUUAUGGUUAUGGCUAUGGGGGCUACGAUUACAACCAGGGCAAUACAAGCUAUGGGAAAGCUCCAAGACGUGGAGGCCACCCGAGUAGCUACAAGCCAUACUGAUCACACGUAGUGCAGGUCAAAAGUAAAUAACAAAGAGAACCAUGGUCUGACCACAGCGAACAUGGGGCUCUGGCUUUUCCUUUGGAGUUGGCAGAAAUUUGGACUCAUGCUCCAUUUGUACAGAACAAGUGAGGAACUGGGGAAGCAAAUGUCACUUUUCCACUUUUUAUUUUAUAUUGUUUCGUGUCCAUUUACAUUUCCAGCGAUGGAAGUGUUAUUUUUACUGUACUUUUUGGUACCUUUUUGAAUCUAAUGUAUUGUAUGGUUGUAUUUUUACAUGUCUACUGGAUUUACAGACAAGCAAGAGCUUUUAAAGCUCACAAAUAAAAACAAAUAUGCUUUUCCCCCUCCCCCCUUUUGGUGUUUCUAGAUCUUUAGUUCCUUUCUCGUGCUGAGUGUUGGAUGCGAGUUGCAUGGCUUCAUUUGUGGGGUGAGAUUUAUAAAAGGGAUAUGAACUAUCAAAGGGUCCAUUGUAAGCGUAUGGGGUGAAUGUUUGCAGAUGGCAUAGUAGACGAAGACAACCAGCAUCUAUUUUGGGUUUUUUUUUUGUUUGAUUUUUUUUUUGUUCUGUUUUUUCUUUCUUUUGGCUUUUAAGGAAAUUCUUCCCCAACCGUGUCUGCAAUUUUAAGUGGCUUUACUAGUGUUAUACAAAUAAAUGCAAGCCUGUUAAUGUACGAGGGCACCCCCUCUCUCACUGGAAACUCAUUCCUCUAGUGUCUUGGGCAAAUUGGUAGAAAUAAACUUUUUUGUUUAUAUUACUCUUGGAUCCUUUUGUUAUUAUUUGUAAAGUUAAUGUUAAAUGUUUUGUACUCUUAAACGGCUUGCUUGUUUCAUCCUGGGUAAAGAUAAUAUUUACAGAUACUUCACUGGGAGCCUGUGGGAGAGGGCUGCACUCCCUGUAGGUAACUGGCUGAUGGUAAAUGCCUGUCCAUUACAUGUCAAACUGCAAUACUUGAGCAAUUGUGAAUGUGUCCAGAGUUUUAAAAAAAUGUGAUCUGGUAAGUGCUUAUGUAAACCACCCUUUGUAUUGCUUUAAGUAUUUGGGGCUAGUUUUAAAACUCAAUGCUGUGAGAUAAAGG